AUGAAACCAAAAAUUCGCGCGGUGGCCGUUGCCAUCUUAUAUUUUCUCGCCCAAGUAUUCGCGGUGAUCGUCACCGAGAAUACCGUUCAGAUAACCACCGUAGACAUAACUUUGGGAGAUCUCGUUGUGAAUGCGGGAGUAUAUUACUCAAUAGUUGAUAGUGCCCUCGUGACCUUAGUGGGCACUGUGAAUGUCAGGGGAGGGUUCUAUGUCACGAGCGCCAAAGACUUGACAUCUUCAGUUGUGAUGACCGGCGGGAUAUUUGUGAACUCCGGAACAGUCUCCUUCAAUUCCUUGUCGUCUAAACUUCUUUCCACUUAUGGGAUUACAACCGUUGGGUCUUUCGAAAACACCGGAGAUAUGUAUUUUGGUAUUUCCAGGGCACCUAUUGUAGGAACUCCAUUUAUAGUCACCUCCGUAAGUUCGUGGACAAACACUGGUAUGAUGGUGUUCCGCAGUCGCUUUAGAGACACGAUUGUUGGAUCAAGUGGCUUGUCCACCAUAAAGAACGACGGCUCAAUUUGCUUAUACAAUACUUUCUGGGCUCAAACCCUGAAUAUCGACGGCACAGGCUGUAUAACUGUGGCCAAGAACUCCGAAAUGCAAUUGCAAUUGUCAGUGGGAUCGCUUGUGUUUUCCGUUGCAGAAACUCAGACAAUUUACUUGAAGUCAAGCAUAUCAAUUUUGAGUAUUAUUGGAUUGAGUGCAUCUUUAGCUCCAGGCACCAUCAUCAAAGUUGCGGGUUUUGGUGACGGGAAUGUCAUUGCUGUCAAUUUACUUUUCCUUUCGCACUCUUAUUCCCCGACAACAGGUUUAUUGACGCUUUCAUUGACACCAUUGCUCAAAAUAGUAUUUGACAUAGGUACCGGCUACGAUUCAGCUUUGUUUAUUACUGCUGCAGUGCUCAUUGGAAAAGGAAUUUCUUACAGCGGCCGUCCACCCAAUAAUCCACCAUCCACAUGUUCAUGCACCCCUCAGUUUCCAGAUUACACGACGACUUACACCACCACCAAGUAUGAUGGCUCCAUUGUGACUGAUUGCGGUGUGUUGAUUGUUACCACUGAUUCUGCGGGUUCUUUGACCACAGCCACGUCUUUUGCUCUGAGUGGUGUUGUUUCUCAUCCCGACAGUAAACUUCUGUCUGAGCGCCCAAGUAGCUUCAUCACCAGCAGGACGUCUACUAUGAUUACUUCUUGUGAUCAAGAUGGAGUGUGCGUUGCCGUUCCCGAGACCACGGUUUCGCCUACCGAAGUCAUGGGUGGUUCAGUUGGAGCAACUUAUACAACAGAAGUUUUUGUCUCAGAGACUACAGUUGUUGAUCAAUUUGAUUCUUCCGUUGUGUCAACGAUGACCUUUACACUGACUAUGUGUGUCAAUUGUGAUUCAGGUGCUGCUGCUAGUCAGUACACAUCUGCAUCUAGCAGUGCCGCUGGAUCUGGCACGAUCAACGUACCCCAAGCAUCAUCGAUUUCGACUUUGGAAGGCAAGGCAGCUACUAAAUCCAUGGUUCUGAGCUUGUUUAUUGUUCCUUUGCUCGCCUUCCUUCUUUAG